UAGACCAAACAACGCAAUAAAAACCUCCGUUAUAGUUAUUGCCAGUCAAAUAUUAUUUGUGUUGUUUAUCGACAUGGCGGACUGUGCGACAUUUGAUAAUUUGCCAACUUUGUAUCAAUAUUACACAGCCGGUGGUAUAAAGACGGGAUUAAGCGAUAAUCAAACUUAUUUCACAUUAAAUAACAAAAACAUAACUCUGUUCAGUGGCGCACUUCACUAUUUUAGAGUUCCGAAAGUUUAUUGGAGAGACAGGCUGAGGAAAUAUCGCGCAGCGGGACUGAAUGCAGUGGAGACAUACGUUCCCUGGAAUUUACACGAAUACGAGAAUGGCGUCUUCGACUUUGGAAACGGUGGCAGUGAUUUCGAGGACUUUCUUGACGUCGUACAGUUUAUUGAAUUAGCCAAAGAAGAAGACUUGUUUGUGAUCCUUCGCCCAGGACCAUACAUUUGUGCAGAAUGGGAAUUUGGCGGUUUGCCUAGUUGGUUACUGCGUUAUGAAAAUAUCAAAGUGAGAACAACCAAUAAACAAUACAUCGAAUUUGUUGAGAGAUACUUUAAAAAGCUUUUUGAGCUUCUUACCCCCCUCCAGUUCAGAAAAGGUGGCGCCAUUAUCGCCGUGCAGAUUGAAAAUGAAUACGGAAACACUAAAUACGGCAACAAACCUGUUGAGACAGCAUAUUUGGAAAAACUGAAAGAACUGUUAAUGCAAAAUGGGGUUGUUGAGUUACUUUAUACUUCGGAUACCCCUACAAACGGGUUUUCUGGGACCUUACCUGGAGUGCUGGCAACUGCAAAUUUUCAAGAAGGAGCUACACAUGAGUUGACCCUUUUGAAAGAGUUUCAACCGAAUAAACCUUUGAUGGUUAUGGAAUAUUGGACGGGAUGGUUCGACCAUUGGACAGAAAAGCAUCAUACCAGAACAGCCGAAGAAUUUGGAAAAGUUCUAGAGGAAAUUUUGAGCUUUGGAGCAUCUGUUAAUAUGUACAUGUUCCAUGGAGGAACAAACUGGGGAUUCAUGAAUGGAGCUAAUAUUGAUGAUGAUUCAUUCGAUAAUAGGGGUUAUCAACCGGAUAUAACCAGUUACGAUUACGAUGCCCCUCUAACAGAAUCAGGCGAUUACACGGACAAAUAUUAUAAAACAAAAGACAUCAUAGCCAAGCACAAUAAAAUUAAAGUCAGACAACCCGAUAUGCCUGCAUCAACUGAAAGAUUUGCCUAUUCGUCUAUUCAUAUAAUCAGUGAAUUAUCACUUGAAGAUCUUGUGGAACAAUCAAAAGUAUUGUCUACCGAUAAGGUGCUGCCAAUGGAAAUGUUGCCAAUAAACAAUGACUCUGGUCAAAGUUACGGCUAUAUAGUUUAUCGAAAAAACAAUUUGAAUAUAUCCAAAAACAGCACACUGAAAAUAGAAGGGAGAAUCUGCGAUUCAGUUCUUGUCCUCAUAAACGGUCAACUCAAAUCUAGAAUAUUGAAAUCAAAGGAGGACUUCGAAGGUUUUGGGUACUGGAAAUUGCAAAAUGGCUCCUUGAAUCUUGGAAACGAAGAGUACAAAAACGCUACUUUAGAACUUGUUGUUGAAAACUGGGGAAGAGUAAACUUUGGAAAACUUUAUCAAUUCAACCAACAUAAAGGACUUUGGCAGGGAAAUUUAUUACUGAACGAUCAUGUUCUGACUAUUGACCAGAUUAUUCCAUUAGAGUUCAAAAAAAAGUGGAAUAAUGGUUUGAAGAACUGGAAAGUUCCCAUUUUCGAGUCUGGACCAAAAUUGUACAAAGCUAUACUAAAUGUGGAUGAACCCAAAGAUACUUACGUCGAUAUGAGGGAGUGGAAUAAGGGUUUUAUUAUUAUCAAUGGAUUUGUUCUGGGGAGAUAUUUGAGAUUAGGUCCUCAACAAACAGCGUAUUUACCUGCUCCUCUUCUGAAAAAGGGCGAAAAUGAAUUAUUAGUUUUUGAGCACUUUUCACCCUCAAAACAAAUAAAAUUUUCGGAGAAUCUGAUUUUUUGAAAUAACUACAAUGAAAUGUUUUUGAUAUUCAAUAAAAUUAGAAUCAUUUUUGAACCUCAAAAUAGAACUCACGAGUGGUUAUAUGAAAACAAAAAAUAAAUUGUUCAAAAUAUUAAAAAAAUU